UUUAUAGAUAAUCGUCCUUGAACUUUGAUAACAAUUUAAAAAAGAUCGAAACUUUAGUAUCGAAUAAAUCGAUAGUUCAUAUUGCAUGGUUGCACUUUCAAACAGAAGGUUGACGUAAAUUAUUAUGGAUCCUGAUUUAUUAACUAAUGUAAUAUCUGAUUCUACGAUAAGUUCACCAGAAAUGGAUCUCAGUAUAAAUCCUGAAAGACAGAGAUUUCCCUUUUGCAUCGUUUGGACUCCAUUGCCUAUUAUUACUUAUUUAAUACCAUUUAUUGGUCAUAUGGGAAUUUGCACAUCAACCGGUGUAAUAAGGGAUUUUGCUGGACCAUAUCAUGUGUCAGAAGAUCACAUGGCAUUUGGAAAACCUAUUAAAUAUUGGCAGCUUCAAUACACAAAAGCAAAAGGUGGUGUAAAUGGAUGGGAUAUGGCUGUUUCAGAAGCCAGUGACAUUUAUAAAGACAGAAUGCAUAAUUUAUUUCUGGACAAUUGUCAUUCACAUGUUGCAAAAGCUUUAAAUUUAAUGGCUUAUGAUAAUUGUACAAAAUGGAACAUGGUUAAACUAGCCGCUCUUAUGUUUAUAAAAGGAAAAUAUGUUAAUUUUUAUGGUUUUCUACAAAAUUGGUUGCCAUUUUUUAUACUUGUCAUCAUCGUAGUGACACUCGAUUUAGUUUUUCAACUAUAAUUUAUACCUGUUCAUUACAUUAAAUACUUAUAUGAAUAAGUAAUAAUAAAUGUUAACGAUUUUGUUAGAUAUAACAUUUUAUAUACAUUUCAAAAUAUUAAUUAAGAUUAUAUAAAAUCUUUUGUUACAUAUUUAAUAUACUUAUUAAUCUCAAAUUACUACGAAAAACAAGUUAUAUGUAAAUAUGUAUUUAAAGUAUUUAUAUGCGCGCGAACAAGUUUUAUGACUGUAAUAAGUUAAAUACUAAAAUGUUAAUAUUUAAAACUUUGAUCAAAAUACUUUUUUACAUUUUAUUUUAUAUUAAAUGUUAAAUAAUGAA